AUGGUGCGAAUGGGAGGGAUUGGGGGAAAGAUGGGGGAGAGAUGGGGGAGAGAUGGGGGAGAGAUGGGGGAAGAAGGGAGAUGGGGGAAGAAGGGAGAUGGGGGAAGAAGGGAGGUGGGGGAAGAAGGGAGGUGGGGGAAGAAGGGAGGUCCCACGCUUCCGCUCUCUGUCGCCCGCGUCGUCGCCAUCGCUUCCGCAGCUCGUCGCGUUCGCGACCCCUGCCCGUCGCCUUCGCUCCGCCCGUCGCCUUCACUCCCCCCCCCUCCUCCCCCCCCUUCCGUUGCCUUCAUUUCCCCCUCUCGUCCUCCCGUCGCCUUCACGUCCCCCUCUCGUCGCCUUCACUUUCCCCCCUCCCGUCGCCUUCACUUCCCCUUCCCGUCACCUUCACUACCCCCUCCCGUCGCCUUCACUUCUCCCCCCCGUCGCCUUCACUUCCCCCUCUCGUCGCCUUCACUUCCCCCUCCCGUCGCCUUCACUUCCCCCUCCCCUCGCCUUCACUUCCCCCUCCCGUCGCCUUCACUUCUCCCUCCCGUCGCCUUCACUUCCCCCUCCCGUCACCUUCACUUCCCCUCCCGUCUCCUUCAUUUCCCCCUCCCGUCGCCUUCACUUCCCCUUCCCGUCGCCUUCACUUCCCCCUCCCGUCGCCUUCACUUCCCCUUCCCGUCGCCUUCACUUCCCCCUCCCGUCGCCUUCACUUCCCCCUCCCGUCGCCUUCACUUCCCCCUCCCGUCGCCUUCACUUCCCCCUCUCGUCGCCUUCACUUCCCCCUCCCGUCGCCUUCACUUCCCCCUCCCGUCGCCUUCACUUCCCCCUCCCGUCGCCUUCACUUCCCCCUCCCGUCGCCUUCACUUCCCCCUCCCGUCGCCUUCACUUCCCCCUCCCCUCGCCUUCACUUCCCCCUCCCGUCGCCUUCACUUCCCCCUCCCGUCGCCUUCACUUCUCCCUCCCGUCGCCUUCACUUCCCCCUCCCGUCGCCUUCACUUCCCCCUCCCGUCGCCUUCAUUUCCCCCUCCCCGUCGCCUUCACUUCCCCUCCCGUCUCCUUCAUUUCCCCCUCCCGUCGCCUUCACUUCCCCUUCCCGUCGCCUUCACUUCCCCCUCCUGUCGCCUUCACCUCCCCCAUUUCCCCCCUUCACGCUCUCUUACCCCCUCUGCUCGCCCCUGUUUUCCCGGCUCACUCCUAUACUCACUCUCUCCCUCCCUGCUCACUCUCUUCCCCCCUGCUCACUCUCUUCCCCCCUGCUCACUUUCUUUCCCCCUGUUCUCAUCCCUCUUUCCCCCUUUCUCACCCAUUUCCCCCCUGCUCGGUCUAUUUCCCCCUGUGCUCGCCCCUAAAAUCCCCUGCUCACUCCCUUACCCCUUGUUCACUCUCUCCCCCUCUGGUCACUCUCUUUCCCCCUGUACUCACCCAUCUUUCCACCCUGUUUACUCUCUAUUCCCCUUUGUUCAACCCUUUCCCCCCCCCAAGUCCUCUCAUUUCCCCUCCUUAGCCCCAUGCUUACUGGCUAUCCCCUUUGCUCACCGCCUUCUCCACCCUGCUCACUCUGUUCCCCGCUUCGCUCACUCCUCUGCCUAA